UCAGCAUUGCUGUUGAUGAAUUCCUGCUCUGAAGUCAUAAAAUUUUUAUUUACAGAUCCUGCAACCUAUUUGUCAUAUAAAGGAGAAUUAGAUAUACCAGGAGAUUGGGAUAGCGGACCACUCAUACGUUUAAGACGAGAAGAUAAUCCAAAGGAUAAGGAGAAAGAUGGAGAGAAACCGACAUCUGCGGGGAAGAAGCCGACUGUUCCUGCAAAAAAUCCCAAAGUUAGCAAGGUUUCUUCUGCUGCAAAGAGCAAGCUGCUACUGAAGAAAGUGGCUAGUGAUGAUAGUCUCUCAGUAGAAACCCCCUCUAGUGUCGAAACAUCCAGUAAUGAUACUAGUUCUACUACCACCACCACUACUACUACCACCACCACCACAUCCAUCACUACUACUACUACUACCUCCUCACCUACCACCAAUCCUGUCCCGAUUAGUACCGGUGAUUCUUCAGCUGUCGUCCCCUCUACAGAAGGAGCUAGUUCAGAGAAUGUCACGGGAGGGGCAAUGCAAGUCGAUUUGGUACCUAAAUCUACGGCAGCACCAAACAUUCCAAAAAAUGACUCGAACACAGGUGCCACGGAUGCCCCUGUCAAAAAUGUAGGUGGUCAGCAGGGUGCCGAAGAGGAGGAGGAGGAUCCUGACAGUGGAGGUGACGAUUUGGUUCCCAUCACAGGAUAUGAAACCAAGAAUACAACAAUUGAUCAUCAUCGGUACUACACUUCUCUAACUGUAAAUGGAGAUGGAAAUGCUCAGCAGUACUGGGUUAACUUGGACACCCUCAAUGAGGAAGUAGUCAUUAAGAAUGAGAUGCUGUGCGAUUCACAUCGCAGGGCUGCGGUGAGUAUGGAAGUGCUUCUUCUCUUUGGUACUUUCCAGUUGUAA